AUGAAUGGCCCCGGCAUGGAGGAAACGCCGUUUCAGAAAGUCAAGACGCGGCGCAAGAGGAGCCACUGUCCGCCCGGGGUCAUCGCGUGCGAGGAUGAGUUCGACUGCAAGGAGCUCGAGUGCCUCUUCCACAACUAUAACCUGAAGCUGGACCAGACCUCCACAUUAAAAGCUCUGGCGGUACUGCUUCUCCUCUCCUCCGGUCUCAGUCUGCUGGAGCUGCUGUCCGGACCGAGCCUUACCGUCUCCAAGGGCUCUUACCCCGUGCACUUCAUCAUCUUCAUCUCGCUCUUCAUCGUAACCAAUGUCAAGUACCUGCAGGUGACGCAGCUGCAGCAGAUCGUUCACCUGACCCUGCUUUUCAGCUUUACCUUCUCCAUCCUCUGCUGUCCAUUCCCUCUUGUCUCUGGCACUUCUGGUCCGGAUCAGGGUGUGUGGCAGCUUGUUCUGCUAACGUUUGUAGCCUAUUCCCUCCUGCCAGUCCGGACGCUGCUGGCACUGCUGUUUGGGAUCAUGGUCAGCAUAUCGCACACGAUCGUCACUGCAACAUCAGUCACGGUUAAAACGCACAAACUGUGGAGAACGCUGGUUGCGAACACAGUGCUCUUCACAGGUAUGAAUCUGUCGGGUCUGUUUGUGCGGAUCCUGACGGAGCGAGCGCAGAGGAAAGCUUUUCUACAGGCCAGAAACUGCAUUGAGGAGAGACUGCGUAUGGAGGAUGAGAACGAGAAACAGGAACGUCUCUUGAUGAGUCUGUUGCCGAGGAAUGUUGCAAUGGAAAUGAAGGAAGAUUUUCUUAAACCGCCAGAGCGGAUCUUUCACAAGAUUUACAUCCAACGACAUGACAAUGUCAGCAUCCUGUUUGCUGAUAUAGUGGGCUUCACGAGUCUGGCAUCACAGUGCACGGCACAGGAGUUGGUCAAACUGCUCAAUGAGCUCUUUGGCAAGUUUGAUGAGUUGGCCACGGAGAAUCACUGUAGGCGAAUCAAGAUUCUGGGUGACUGCUACUACUGUGUUUCAGGACUAACUCAACCCAAAACUGACCACGCUCAUUGCUGUGUGGAGAUGGGCCUGGACAUGAUCGACACCAUCGCGUCAGUGUCUGAAGCUACAGCGGUGGAUCUGAACAUGCGUGUGGGACUGCACACAGGUCGUGUGCUCUGUGGGGUGUUGGGUCUACGAAAGUGGCAGUAUGACGUGUGGUCCAAUGACGUGACGCUGGCCAAUAUGACGGAAGCAGGCGGACUGCCUGGGAAAGUUCACAUCACACGCUCAACGCUGGAGUGUCUGAAUGGAGAUUAUGAGGUGGAACCAGGAAACGGUCGAGAAAGACACUCCUUCCUGCUCAAACAUGACAUAGAGACCUUCUUCAUAGUACCGUCUCACCGCAGGAAGAUUUUUCCGGGUCUGAUACUAUCAGACAUCAAACCUGCAAAAAAGAUGAAGUUUAAGACUGUGUGUUAUUUACUGGUACAGCUUAUGCACUGCAGAAAGAUGUUUAAAGCUGAGAUCCCAUUCUCCAAUGCCAUGAACCUCGAAGAGGGAGAUAAGAGACGCGUCCUUCGCUCCGCACCAGAGAAGCUGAGGAACCGUACGUCAACGUCAGCGAACGCCACUCAGAGCAGUCCAGGAACACGCGUCAACCGCUACAUCAGCCGUCUGAUUGAAGCAAGACAGACAGAGUCCGACAUGGCCGACGUGCACUUCCUCACGCUCAUGUAUAAAGACUCUGAGCGCGAGCAUAGGUAUCAUCAGCUGAAUGAUGAGUAUUUCACUGGUGCUGUGGUGCUGGCUCUCAUUCUCGCUUCUCUGUUCGGCAUCAUCUAUCUACUCCUCAUACCACAGGGGACUGUCGUGCUGGUGAUGUUAGUUUUCUGCAUCUGUUUUCUAGUUGCAUGUACCAUGUACCUGCUGCACAUCACUAGAGUUCAGUGUUUUCCAGGGUGCCUCACCAUACAGAUCCGCACAGUUCUGUGCAUGUUUAUAGUGCUCUUAAUAUAUGCUUUGGCUCAGGCAUGUGUGAUGGGCUGCAUGCCGUGGCUUUGGCCCACCAAUUCCACCCACUCCAUCGUGAUCACUGACGCAGCCGGCAGGAUGAACCGCACCAUGGCCGAGCUUCCAUGUGAGGGUGCACAGUACGCCUUCAUAUGCUGCAUGGUGGGCACGCUGACCAUGGCGCUGUUCCUUCGAGUGUCCUGGGUGCCCAAAAUGGUUUUAUUAUUAGGGCUGGCGGUGCUGUACGUUACCAUACUGGAGCUGAGCGGAUUCAGACACACUGCAGGGUCUGGUUCGUUCAGUGUUCGCAGUUUGGAGCCCAUCCUGUCUCUACUGCUUUUCUCCACCGCACUGGCCCUGCACUCCAGACAGCUGGAUCUCAAACUUCGUCUCGACUUCCUCUGGGCCACACAGGCAGAGGAGGAGAGAGAUGGCAUGGAGAAAGUGAAAUUGGACAACAAGAGAAUUCUCUUUAAUUUGCUGCCUGUGCAUGUGGCACAACACUUCUUGCUGUCAAACCCCAGAAAUAUGGAUCUCUAUUAUCAGUCCUAUGCUCAGGUUGGUGUUCUGUUUGCUUCCAUACCUAAUUUUAAUGACUUCUACAUUGAGUUGGAUGGUAAUAACAUGGGCGUAGAGUGUUUGAGACUGCUGAAUGAGAUCAUCGCUGACUUUGAUGAGCUCAUGGACAAAGGAUGUUACAAAGAUAUCGAGAAAAUCAAAACUAUCGGCAGCACAUAUAUGGCAGCAGUUGGAUUGGUGCCUACCAUUGGAAACAAGGCAAAGAAAUCCACUGCAACCCACUUGAGCAACAUAGCAGACUUUGCCAUUGAAAUGUUUGAUGUCCUUGAUGAAAUCAACUAUCAGUCCUAUAAUGAUUUUGUCUUGAGAGUGGGAAUUAAUGUAGGUCCAGUAGUCGCAGGGGUGAUUGGUGCUCGGAGGCCACAGUAUGACAUUUGGGGGAACACUGUAAACGUCGCCAGUCGCAUGGACAGCACUGGAGUACCAGGGAAGAUCCAGGUGACGGAGGAUACCUACCGGUUGCUUCAGAACAACUAUGAUCUGGUGUGUCGAGGUAACAUCAGUGUGAAGGGCAAAGGUCAGAUGCUCACCUACUUCCUGGAGGGCAAAGCUCAGGAUGCAGGGAACCGAGCGCCACACCACACCAGCGGUCUGGAGCGGCGCGUUCACGCCAUCGCUCGAACCAGCAGCACACAAACCAAGACUGGCAGCACGUCAUCACUCGCCUCAGGCCUCACUGCAAGGGCUGGUGGGAGUCACAGCGCAGCUGCUAUCAAUGUGCCUACCGUCGGAGAAGAGGACGACACCAAAGAGGACAUGGAGGAAGUAUAGAGGAAAGAUCUGAACAAUAUCUAACGUAAACGUAUCAAAAACUAUUUUCAAUAAAAUAACCGGCAAACCCCCACUACGCUCUGGCUUCUCUGAAAGACUUGCAAUAGCAGUAUAAAGAGGAGACACUAAACAUCAAAGUAUCAAGCACUAACAUACAGAAAACCUAUUUGUCCUACUGAAUGCAGGGAGAAUCCAUGAAGCUCCCAGACGCGCAGCCCAAAUCUGAAGCGAGCUCCCCAUUUCCAACGAAACCUAGAUUGAGCUUCUAGUCUAGAAUGAAUGUCUAUGGAUGAGCCCAUGGUGAGCGCUCAGCUGCGUUAGAGCGCCACCUACAUUUCAGGUCUGUAUAUUGUGAUGGAAGGUAAAUUGCUGCCAUCUAGUGGAAUGAACCAACACUGUUUUGCAGGGACAGAGAACCUGAAUCACAGGCUUUCAAAGACAGGAUAAAAUAAUGUCUGUUCAUCAUAAAAAUUGUAAACAUAUGCAAUAUUAUGGUGGGGUGGCGGUUCUGUAAAACGAGAGCUAUUUUUGCAAUUAGUCCACUGUAUGCGUGUAUGGUGUGCUUCUAAAUCGCCCAAAAAAUGAAACCGGUCAAAAAGUCUCCUCAAAAGUGGAUGCCAGUGGUGUUUUUGGAGUGGAGUAGUCCUCCACAAUCCACUGCAAACUCACAUUAAUCACCUGCUUCUCACCAUUCAGUCUGAUGGAUUCAUGUUGACUUUAAAUGCCGAAAACUAUAAACUGCCUCACUAUAUACAGAUUCAAAAUGCAUAUGUGUACACUAUUAAAGGGUAGCACAGAAUAGAAAGACAGCAAACAUCCUCUUUAAAGGAUGACUUGUCUCUUACACUGCAGGAAUGUUUAAAAGCCUCGAAACUGAUCUUUUUCUAGGCAUCAUUUAUCAUUUUUAUGCAUCAAAAGUCAACAUCUUAUUUGAGUCUUUAAAUAUUAGAUGUUCUUAUGAUAAAACUGUGUGUACGUUUUAUAUAUUCCUCAUUUAAGGGAAGUUUUUGCAUGUAAUACAUUUAUAAUAUUUAAUGAAAUGGCAAUAGGACAAGCAUAUGCCUGAAUUUAAACAAAUGCACUAGAUUUGAACUUGUAAGACAUUACGUGUAUUUGUAAUUGUUUUUAUUAAACAUAAGCAAACGUUUAUCAGACCUUUAAAACAGCUCAAUCAGGGCUUGAAUUAUUGAUAUGGAAAGAAACGCGUAUAUUAAAGGAAUGUUCUGGAUUCAAUACAAGUUAAGCUCAAUCAACAGCAUUUGUGGCAUUAUGUUGAUUGCCACAAAAAUGUAUUUAGACUCGUCCCUUCUUUUCUUUAAAAAAGCAAUAAUCUGGGUUACAGUGAGGCACAUUGCAAUGGAAGUGAAUGGGGGCCAUCCAUAAAAGUUAAAAUACUCACUGUUUCAGGAGUAUAGCCACAAGAUAAAACAAUAUGCAUGUUAACAUAAUUUUAGUGUGAUAAAAUCACUUACUAAACUUUUUUGAGUUAAGAUAUAUACAAUUAUACAACUUUGUUUCCAUGACGAUGCUGUACACCCUAAAACAACUGUAAAAAUGACAUUUAUCAAAUAACACCAGUUUUAACAGAAGAAUUAAUGUAAGAGCUUUUAGAAAAUUAUAAGCUUCACAUUUUUGCCUUUUUAUACCCUUGAAAAAUUUGCCCCAUUCACUUCCAUUGUAAAUGCCUCAAUGUAACAUUGAUUUUUGGUUUUGUUAAAGAAAAAGAGGGACUAGUUGAAAUAGCUUUUAUGACAAAGUUGAUUACCACAAAAAUCUGUCAGUUGAUCUUAACUUGUAUUGAACCCAGAAUAUUCCUUUAAUGAUAUCUGUACAAUCUUUAAAACUUUAAAGGUCGCUUUCAGCUUUCAAGUAUUGCUCAGGUGUCACUGUUCUCAUUUUACACUCUACUUACAGUGGAAGUCAGAAGUUUAAAUACACCUUAGCCAAAUACAUUUAAACUCAGUUUUUCACAAUUUCUGACAUGUAAUCGUAGAAAACUUAUCCUGUCUUAGGUCAGAUAGGAUCAAUACUUUAUUUUAAGAAAGUGAAAUAUCAGAAUAUUAGUGGAGAGAAUGAUUUAUUUCAGCUUUUAUUUCUUUCAUCACAUUCUCAGUGAGUCAGAAGUUUACAUACACUUUGUUAGUAUUUGGUAGCAUUGCAUUUAAUUUGUUUAACUUGGGUCAAAUGUUUUGGGUAUCCUUCCACAAGCUUCUCACAGUAAGUCGCUGUAAUUUUGUCCCAUUCCUCCGGACAGAACGGAGUCAGGUUUGUUGGCCUCUUUGCUCGCACACACUUUUUCAGUUCUGCCCACAAAUUUGAUCAGAUUGAGGUCAGGGCUUUGUGACGACCACUCCAGGACCUUGACUUUGUUGUCCUUAAGCCGUUUUUCCACAGCUUUGGAGGUAUGCUUGGGGUCAUUGUCUAUUUGGAAGACACUUCAUGAUGUCUUGAUGUUGCUUAAAUAUAUAUAUAUAUAUAUUUAUUUGAUUGAUUUUGAUUUGAUUUUUGAUUCUGUUUGAUUUGCACCUUUCACACCAAACUACGUUCAUCUCUAGGAGACAGAAUGUGUCUCCUUCCUGAGCGGUAUGAUGGCUGCAUGGUCCCAUGCUGUUCAUACUUGCGUAUUAUUGUUUGUACAGAUGAGCGUGGUACCUUCAGGCAUUUGGAAAUUGCUCCCAAGGAUGAACCACACUUGUUGGAGGUCCACAAUUUUUUUUUUCUGAGGUCUUGGCUGAUUACUUUUGAUUUUCCCAUGAUGUCAAGCAAAGAGGCACUGAGUUUGAAGGUAGGCCUUAAAAUACAUCCAUAGGUACACCUGCAAUUCUGGACACCUCCUAUCAGAAGCUAAUUGGUUAACUGUCAAAAGGCUUGACAUAAUUUUCUGGAAUUUUUCAAGCUGCUUAAAGGCACUGUUAACUUAUAUGUAACCUUCAGACCCACUGUAAUUGUGAUAUAGUCAAUUAAAAGUGAAACAAUAUGUCUGUAAAGAUGGUUGGAACAAUUACUCAUGUCAUGCACAAAGUAGAUGUCCUAAACAAAUUGACAAUACUAUAGUUUGCUAAUAUGAAAUCUGUGUAGUUUAAAAACAAAAAGUGUAUGAAAUCUUCUGACUUCAACUGUAUAUCUUUCUCCGUGUAAUAAUUUCUUGUUUAGAUAAUUUAUGAAGUUUUGACUGUUUAAAUCAAUGCACUGCAGAAUUCAAUAUCAAAGGGUCUCUAAUUUUUCAAUAUGCAUCUUUAUGACACAUUCAUGGAUGUACUCAAGUAAUACAAAUCAAGUAACAGAAUGUUUCCAAAGCCUUGAAGUGCAUUGAUUUUCAGGAUAUAAAUACUGUAUAGUGCAUUCUGAAAGUUUGAAAGAGGUUUUUUGCAUAAUGUUUGUUACAAACUUCCAAACGUUUAAAUAUUAAAUUAAUAUCCUCAUUUAAAAAUUAAACACAUGAAGAGUAUACAAAUGUGAAUUAUAUUUCAAAUCUAAAAUUUUACUAGAAUAAUUGAACUUGUUAAAAUGCUCAAAUUAAUUAUUUGUGAUGGUAUUUGUGUUUGGAUGUCAAAGACUGAAAUCAAGUGUACUGCAGUUGUAAUAAAAGCAUCAUUAUGCUGCGAUGGGACUGACAGACUGUUCUAUAUAUAUUAGAAUGUACCACUAUAAACUAAUCAGAAGUGUAACGAUUGACACAUUUAUAUCAUUAAUGAGACCACAAGUGUGAUAAUAAUAAUAAUAACAUAUGAACAUUUCACAUCUUUAUAUUUAAACUCUUGUUGUGUAAAUGCAGAUGAUACAUUACAGGAAAAUGAAAGAUUGAAUCUAUGUAUCUUUUAUUUCAUACUGUGUUUCACUCAACUGUGUCAAAUGCAGGCUCUUUAUAAAUGAGUGAUAUGUGUUUAAGGAGAUAUUGAUGUGUGGUUUAAUGUGAAUGAGGUCGAUUAAGAGAGGUUUACUGGGACACCAGUGUACCGUGACCAUUUAUUGACAUGGAGGGCAACAACCUGUCCAAGAGAGAUCUGUCACACACCCACACUGUACACACAUUUUCUCUCUGGAAUGGUGCAUGUUCACAAGCAAAAACUCAUUCUCUUUAUAAACAUUUGUUAUAUUUCUAUUCUAAAUGUUUAUUUUAAUGCUGAUGUUUUAAAUGACAAUGCUUCUCUUCAGGGUACAGUUGGAUUAAUCUCUUUUUAAAAUGUGUCUAUAUUUGAAUGUGUACUGAAACUUAAUUUGUAAUGUACUGUCAACUAUAUUCUUGCCUUAUUGGAUACGUUUGUGGUGAUUGAAGUCAUUUGCCUUUUAGCAACCUUUUAGCUCUUUGAUAUACACAUGUGGAUUUUGUAAAUACAGUGAUGUAUGAAUUACUGUCCUUUGUACAGUGUAAACUUGGGCAAUAUAAGAUUUGUAAUAAAGA